AUGGAUCCUGAAUUAUCAUUAUAUAUAGAUAAAGCACAACUUAGAGAUGAUGAAACUCGCCUCAUAUUCAAUCCUCCUUGCAAAAUAUACUCACAGAUCACCGAAUUUAUUUCAGCUAAUCCCAAUAAUGUUGAUUCCAUAGGUAUCCCAAAAUCUCAAAACUGUUUUUUCUUAUACCGCAAAAAUUACAAUGCAAAACAUAAAUCUCAUAGGAGCAAAAAGGAUUGGAAAAUUCUUUCAAAGGAAGCUGGUGAUGCCUGGCAUAAUGAAUCGAACGAAGUAAAAAGUUACUUUAAAGUAUUGGCAAAACUAGCUUUUCAAAAAAAUAAACUAACUUAUGAAAACCUACUACUAAAAAAUUGUAUUUUUAUUAUCCAACAACCAGGGCUACAACAUAAAAAAAUAAGUAACAAUAGUUCUGCAGUUUCAUCAUCACCCGAUCCAUAUUUUUCUCCAAAACUACAACAAAAACAAACAGAUAAUAACGAUCAUGAACCUUCAUCAUCUUUACUUUAUCCAUCUUCCACUUUUUCUUGCACGAGUAAUAAUACAAGCUUGCCUCAUUUUAUGACUCAACAACCAAAUAAUAACGAUUAUCCAACUUCAUCAUCACCAUUUCAUCCACAUUCCACUCUUUCUUACACAAUUUCACUACCAUCAUCUCAUCCACACUCCACUUUUCCUUACACAAGUGAUGAUACGACCUUGCUUCAUUUUGCAGCUCAACAACCAGAAACACAACAAAAACUAAAAGAUGAUAUUCAUAAUAACAAUUGUGCAGUUUCUUCAUCAUCUCAUACACAUUCUACUUUUUCUUGCGCAAGUGACAAUACAAGCUCGCCUCAUUUUGUAGCUCAAGAACCAAAAAUGCAACAAAAACAAAAAAAAGAUUUUUGUGAUGAUUGUGCAGUUCCAUCAUCAUCACUUCAUCUGCAUUCUACUUUUUCUUGCGCAAGUGAUAAUACAAGCUUGUCUCAUUUUAUGGCUCAACAACUAGAACUGAAACAAAACCAAAAUGAGAAACUUCAUAACAACGAUCGUGCAGUCUUAUCAUCACCUCAUACAUAUUCUACCUUUUCUUACAAAGAUGAUAGUACAAUCUCGCUUCAUUUUGUGACUCAACAAUCAGAAAUAGAAGAAAAUCAAAAAGAUAAGAGAAAUAAUAACGAUUAUGUAGUUUCACCACAUUCUAUUUCGUUUGAUUUUAAUACUAAUGCUGAUUGGAAUACAAUUAUUGACUACUUCCGAUUUUAA